UGAGUAGUUGUAAUGCGAGGAAGGUACCGAGGCUCAUCACCGCAAUCUGUAGGAAACAAGAUAACGGCAAGUUGUCAAGAUACCACCGAUCACAACGGAAAACGCAUAUAUUGGCGGAAGUUUACCGCUGAGGCGUCGGAUGGAUGAUGAGGAGGAGGAUAUGUCACAGCCCAUCUCGCAACUGUGGGGAACUCCCUUUAGGGGUGUCAAACACGAAGACCGAGUCGCACAGAUCGCAGCCGGACAGGCCCUCGCCGCCGUCACCGCCGCCAUGUCCACGUCGCAGAGCCACAGCAACAACAGCGUCAACACGCUGCCCUGCAGCUUACAACGGCAGCCUUGCCUACCGUUUCACGGCUACGCCGGAUUGCGUUUGCAUUUUCCCGUUCACUUUGAGCCCAUGGAAGACCGGGGAGAUAUUGAAGAGGAGGAGGAGGAGGAAGAGGACAGAGGGGAAGACAUUGACAGCGUGGCAGAGAGACCCGAGGAGCUGAGUGUUGAGGUGCAAGUUGGUCGUAAACUACGGGAAAUUGGAGACAAGUUCCAACAGGAUCACGUUGAACUGUUUAUGAGGCACCACAGACAAAACCUGCCUUUCUGGAUGCGCCUUACCAUGGCCCUGUUUGGCUUUUUGUUUCCAAGAGAGGCUGUCAUCCCCCAUCUGAGAGGGGAGCACAGAUGAAGGGACUUCUUCCUGGCCCUCGCCUCAGCCCCUUACUUUCCGAAUGGAAAUGAGGGACUGGACUGGACGGCACUGUAAGAUGGAACACGGGUUUGGAUUUUUGUUUUCUAGUAGAAAACGAUGAGAUGAAGAAGACACUGGUCACCGCUGGACGGAGACUGAUCAAUUUUUUUCUUGCUUUUGUUUGUUUGUUUGUUUUUUGCCUCUCCGAGAAGAAGCCAUUCUGUUUGAAGAGAUAUUUUCGAAAUAUUUGUAAGAUUACCUAUUUUGUACAGUAAACUGCUCUUUUAUUUGGUGUUUAAAGUCUUGAAGGACCUCCAUCAGUCCAGGGAAUGCCUUAUUCUCUCCUGCCACAGCACAUAGUCUUUUGCAUCAAGUAAAUCAUUAAAAAAUGAUUACAUUUAAGAUUAGGCCACUAUGAUGGUGACAGACUGUGGACGUGGACAUUUCUGUGUGCUAAAGAUACUGACUUUCAACCUUGAGGACUCAAGGCACAUUUUUGUUUAUCCUCCCAAAAUAACUUCUCAUCCUUUUAGUGUUCCACAUCGGCUAAUUUUUUUUUUUUUAAAAAAAGGUUGUUGUGACAUUGUGGCAAUUUAUCACUGCGAUGUCGGUCAGCUCAGAUUCAUAUUUUACCAGCUUCCACUGUAGAUAUAGGAUGCUAUAAAAACCUGUCUUUCACUGACAUCAUCUGCAUCUCGAGUACCACGAGGGGCGUAACGGUACACAGAAACUUGGUGUUGGAGACACAGAUUGAUUGAUCAUCAUUCAUUUAAACAAAUCAUGAAAGGCAACAGUGCAGUUUCAUUUGACAGAGCUAUUGAAUUUGAGAAAACACCAGUUGAUUGGCUGUGCAACACAAACUUAACAUGUAGUGAGAGUUAACACAACAUUGAACAUGCAUAAUAAUAUUGCCACAGUGCUUGGCCACAUUUCAAGGCUAACCAUGUUAGCAUGCUGUAGCUACUGGACUAAACGCAGUGCAGUGUUGAGUGCAGCUUGCUUGAAAAGUGUGCAGACAAACAUCAGAGAGCACACCAAACCGAAGAACUUUCAUGCUGAAGGAACACGUGCAGAACGGUAUCGUUACACGCCUGAGUACCACUCAAGCUGGAGGUGACGACAAAAACUGUGCAGAUUCAGACACUGUUUUUGUAACGCAUGUAUACUUGAAUUUAGGUGUACUAGAAAAUAUUUCAAGACCUGACAUAGUGACGGUGAUUACGAUUUCUGUUUGUGAUGCGUGUCGAAACCAAAUGAGCACAAACAAAGUCAAACAAAUCUCACUCGUGGGAUUACGAUCAGGGAAACGGAAACAAUCAGACAACUGAGAAGCUUUGGGGAAAAAAAAUCAUCAUCCCCCCCCCCCCCCCCCCCCCCCAAAAAAAAAGAAGGAUUCCAGGUUGUAUUUCUCUGGCUGGGUUGACAAUCUGAGUUUUUACUCUUUGCUCCAUUGCUUUGGGAGUAUUUUAAAGAGUGAGCAAUAUUCAAGCCAGUGGACACAGUAACCGUCUUUAAGUUUUCAGCUGUCAAUAAUGAGCAGUAUUUGCAGUCAGACUUCCCCUGAACAUGCCGCUUUGCAAACUUCUUUGUUACAGAAACAUUUUGGGGUUACGUUAAAGAGAUGCAUUUUUAUUUUAUUUCACUCCAGCUGCACCUGAUGUGCUAAUACGCAUUAUAUCUCUGUCAGUGGUACAUUCAGCUUCACUUAGUAGGAACAGCUUCUGUACAGUUUAAGAACCAUUUUUAGUAGCGCGAGAGACGCAUCUAGGGGCAGGGCAAGUGCUACACAUCCUCACGUGACACCUGCUACUUUAGUGACACAUUUUACAGCAAUGCAACCACUGUUCUGUCAAUGAAGUCUUUAAGGACUUUAAAUAUGAAGUUAAAAGGACUCAUUUGCUGUAUUUUCUCAGUCUGUUGCAGAUUCAUGAUAUAGAUUUUUGAAGACACUGUCAGAUUUUUUUUUUCUUUCAUUUUUUUUUCCUUCAGGGAGUAGUUAAUUCUGUGACACUUGCGUUGUGCUAAAAACUUUUUUUGAGUGAGGACAUGGUGCCAAGAACUCACUCGAUGCCAGUUAAUCUUGAUUGAUGUCAUACUCAACACCGAACAAGCAAACUUGGUUUUCUUUAAACAUUCUCCAAAGCAGUUUUAACUCAACAUCAGCCUGUAAGUGUGUUUCAGAUUGUCAGGUUUUUGUCUUUGAAUUAAACGUUUCCUGCAAACACUGAACGCUGAGCCAAUUCAGAUAGCCAUGACACUUUUUUUUUGGUCUUCAGUCCAAAGCUUCUUGCUGUCUUUCAUUAACUACUCCCUGUGCUUAACAAGAAAAGUUUCCUUUAGUUUUUUUGAGAGAGAGAUAAUUUAUUCUAAUUUAUUUUAUGUAUAUUUGCCCAGUGCUACUGUAUAAAUGCUAUCUCAGUGUGUACAGUCCUUUUCUUCUCAUUGUUGAGGUGCAUUCAGUUGCGUGUUUGAUGCCUGUGUGUGGGGAGGUUGGACUAAAGCCAUGUGCCUCGUGCGUCCUCACACCAGCGGUGCGAGUCUUUACAAAUCAUGCGAAAACCAGACAAUCAAAUGUACAAAAUGUGCCUUGUGAGUAACCGACCUGCCACAUCUUCACCAUCAACACUUGGCAUAUCUCUCAAAGUCACUGGUCACAGCUCCUGUUUCACUUGGGCUCUGUGAGAUCAACUUCCAGAAAAAUAAAAUAAAAAAAUAAAAAAAUCAGUUUGACUUCUCACAACAGCUUGCGAGGCACAGGCUCAACCUUUGACAUCUCUCAGCACGAACGGCGAGUUUCACCAUGCAAACCUUCUCAAUAUCAGAAACGACUGUUUGCAAUCAAUGUGCACUGUAAAAAAACUAUUUUUAUCGGUAUACUGUAUUUCGCGCCUCUCUCUUUCUACUCCUGCGCUGAUCUUCCCCUCUAGAUGCUUGAAACUUUUUAAGAUCUGUAAAAUGCUGGAUCGGCCUAGCUUGUCUGGGUUUUUGUGCUUUUUUUUUUUUUUU